AUGGACUACAUGUUCAUCAACGGAAACAAGAAGUUAAAAUACAGGACUCCGCACGAAAGGCGACAAGUAAGAGCCUAUGCACAGCGUUCUCAUCAGGCGGCCAAGCGGCAGGCAUCUGAAGACAAGGCGCCGGACCAUGAGAGUAUCAGCAAUACUAGCAAUGCCACGGUACUGAAGUUCCGCCUUCAGACCGAGUCACGCAAGCAAGCCUCGAACGAUGGCGGCUUCGUGGGGAACGUUGAGCGAGCUACCAAAGAUCCAGCAACCGAAUACAGGGUGAAGUCGAGCUACAAGACUCGGGGGGCAUCUCUCACUUCCUCUGGCGUGGAUCCCUACAACUGGCUGCCCUUCCAACUGGAGUACGACGAUAGUCUACUUCUAUACCAAUUUCAGAAUUAUGAGAGAUGGCCAUGGUGUCCAGUCAGCGGCAGGAGCGAGUGGUCAGCAUUCACUGUAUCAGACGAGCUGGUAUUCAGAGUGACAAUGUAUAGCUGGAGUACUCACAUACGGAAUAGGCGGCCACCUGGAUAUCUUGAGAGCGCAAAGAGCCUGGAGACAACCUUCAAGAACAAAGCCAAAGCGAUCUCGAUGGUCAAUCAACGCUUAUCUGACUCGAACGCUGCCUGUAGCGACGAGGUCCUUGCUGCUGUCGCAGCCUUAACGAACAUCGAAGUCGCAUUUGGAACGAGAGAAGAAGCCACCAUCCACAUCAAUGGCUUGUACACUCUGGUGGAGCAAAGGGGUGGGCUCCAAACCCUGAGAAGUCCCAGGCAAGAGCUGGUACAACGGCUGAUAGCUUGGAACGACCUGCUGUACGCAGAGCUGUACGGAAAGGGUCUUGUAUUUCCCCAGCUCGACCUAUGGGACCGCGCCUGGCGCAGUCUGGUCGCCAAUCAGACCCCGAUCACAUCACACGCCUGGUUGGCACACUUUCUCUGGCCCUCCACGCUAUAG